UUUUUCUUAUUUAAGUCUAAUAACUCGCGUUGUUGCAUCUCGAGUGGAUUCUGGGUUGUGAAGUAGUUUUUGCUUGCUUUUAUUGUUUGGAUUGUGUGAUUUAGUGGUUAAAGCUAUGAAGGUGCACUUCAGAGAACAAUACGGCACCAAAGGGGAGGAGAUCCUUUAUGUGACACCAGCAGAUCAAAACAGCAUUGUGCGAGUCCCCCUCAAGGGCGACCGAAAUGUAAUCCGUGAAAAGUUUUUCUUAUUCCGUCUGUUGCAAAAAAUAUUCCUCCCCAAGGGUUAUCCGGACAGUGUUAGCGAUGACUAUGCUGCAUAUCAACUUUGGGACACAGUGCAGGCAUUUUGCAGCACAAUAUGCGGCACACUUUGUACACAUGCAAUACUCAAAGGUAUUGGAGUGGGCAGUGAUAACGUCAGUGCCUAUUCAGCUACCGUCACAUGGAUAUUCAAAGAAGGCAGUGGACACAUUGGACGGAUAUUGUUCUCAUGGUGGAAGGGCUCACAACUCGAUGUAGACUCGAAAAAAUGGAGACUGAGGGCGGAUUUUCUAAAUGACGUUGCAAUGGGUGUUGAAAUCUAUAUACUUCCAAAAUAUCCAUUGUAUUCGACUUAUAUUCUUUGCUCAACAACUGUUUUGAAGGCGAUAGUUGGAGUGGCUGGUGGAGCGACGAGGGCUGCUUUAACACAACACCAUGCAGUGCGUGGCAAUUUGGCUGAUGUCGCUUCAAAGGAUAGUUCUCAGGAGACUUGUGUGAAUCUAAUUGCUUCCUUUUUUGGGCUGUAUCUAUUGACUGUUAUUAAAAAUCAAACGAUGCUUUAUACCGUUUUUGUGAUUGUGAUCUUUUUACAUCUCUACGCGAACAUGAAAGCCGUUAAGGCAGUUUGUCUGCGUACAUUUAACGAAUCGCGCUAUCUCAUAGCUCUCGAGGAAUUUUUUCGCUCUGGUCGGCUACUAUCACCACAGCAAGUUAAUAAAUUGGAACGAGUGACAAUCGGUCAGACUGUGUCUGUUUCAUUGAAUAUCCAUUUGGGUCUUUCGGCGAAGCAUUUAAUUGAUGAGUUCAAAACUAGUCAUGUCUUAGAAAAUGUAGUUUCAUCAUUUGAUCCUCAUGAACGGUUUAUCAUUGCUGAGAGCAAACGUUUCUUGGGCGUGUAUCUGCAUUUCGAUACACGACAACAAGACGUGCUUAAAGCUUAUUUCUUUGCAGUUUCAUAUUUACAGGAUCGUAAUCAAAUUAAGGAGAAAUAUUGGGAAGUUCAAAGCAAAUGGCAGGAGUUUGUUAGCAUGGCUCAGCAAGAGGGUUGGUUUGUCAACAAACACCUUUUGAUGGUUGACGAGUUUCGCCUGGAUUGGAAAGCAUAGGAAAUCUAUGCGGACUCUGGUUCCAGCAUAUUCUCAGUAGCUCAAUAACACAACAAAAUCACACCAUGGACCAAAUAAUAAAUGAAACGCGUAUGUACCCCGAAACUUAAUUUAUUGCAAACAAAAAUGUAAGAAAAAUAUAAAAAUAGAAUCCCUUAUGAUAUUGUUCAAUUAGAAAACCCCCGAAAAUCUCAUUUAAGAUCCUAUUAGUUUGCUUGCUAAUAUUAAUGCGUUUUAAACAUUCUCAUAGUUUAGAUGCAUUUAAAUUGCUAAUCAACUUAAACAGUUGUAAAAUACCUUAGGUAUUUUUUUUUUUGUUUUAUUUUAAAUAAAUUUAUUAGUUAACAUGUUUAACAUAUCUUACUUAGUAAUCCAAAGAAAAAAAAAUUUAUAAGAUGAAAAACCAUAUUACAUAAUAUUUUAAUUUGUAUGUUUUGUAAAUAUUAAAUUAAAUCUUUUUAUACAAAAAAAAAGAGAGAAAAAAAGAAAAACAACUCAACCCAUGAUAAUACUACAAAUUAACAAAUUCUCUUCCAUGCGCAACUCUAUACCUUAGAACUUUUAAAUUUUACAAAAAAAAAAAAACGUCUCGAAAUGUGUAGUUUAUUUGGUGUUGUAAUAUGUAUUUUUCGAUUUAACAAAUUUAUGAUUUGUAGAAAUACCUAAUUUUUAAUGUUUUUUAGCUGUCGUAGAAAAAAUUAAAAGAUUUUGGCUAGAAACACUUAAAAUUUAGCUUUAAGCAUUUAUUCUUUAAGUAGUGUCUCAAUAAGAACAUAAUCAAGUACAAGGUGUUAAAGUGGAUUGUUGAAAUAUUUCUAAGUUUGGAAGCCAUCCACCAGCACAGUGCUGUGUUAUGUUCCCUCACUACCAAAAAGAUAUCAGUUACCCAUGUUGUUUACAUAAUUUGAAAAGUUAAUUUCAAUUUAUAUUAAAUCAUCGGUCAGGUUCAGAAACUUUAGAGACUAAAAAGUUAGUCAAGUUUUCGAUUGGUUAGCUUUCCAAAAAAAAUCAAUUCGGCUUAGAGAAAAUUAUUGGUAAUUUGACUUAAAAAUUAGUCAAAAAAAAAACUAACAAAAUUGCCAAACCGGUUCAAAAUAAUUAACAAAGAUUAUUUUUACAUCUAAAUUGUACGGUGGUAGACUUUGCACAAUUGGAAAGUUCGUUGCUUCGUCAUAUUUUUUUUUUUCACAAUCAAUACAUAUGAAAUUGGCUAACCAUCCAGCUGGCUGCAGGAACUUGUUGAUUGAGGUCCGAAUCCACCGCCCGCCUUAAAGCGUUGGUCACUAGAUUCAGGUCGCCCAGAAACACCCAAAUAGAAAAUUCUCCCGUUUUUGUCGUCAAAAAGUGUGUUUUUUUUAAUGAGGGUUAGUGAGACAUUUUCAUUAAUUGUUUCUUUCAAAGAAUUUCUCUCGUUAUCCUUGAAGCUUUUCGGAGCAAAAUUUCCAAUUUUCAACUUCAUCGUGUAAUUAUUUGGUUCAAUAGAAAUCCACCAACAAAUUCCUUAGGCAAAUCCCAAAUCAGCAAUCAGUGUGGAGAAAAACAUGAUAGAAACGAUUUAUGGUGUUGAUAAGCUUAAACCCUACAAUUGGUUGAAGAACGACAUGUGGACGAGGUAGCGUAGUCUGCAGUGUACUAGCUUCUAAAACUCGGGAAGCACUCAAGAAACCCUUCCAGUCAGUUCAAUCUGUAGCCAACUACUUCAAUUUGGCGUUGAAAGUCAUAUUUAAUCUUGUCAUUCCAGUCAUACUGUAACCCAUAAUAUGGCAUAGCGUUUCAGAGACAGUUUUCGGUGAAACAAUUUUGUCUGAUUUUUACUCUCUUGAGUCCAUACUAUCAUAGGCUCCAUUCGUAUCUUUUAUCAAUCAAUUCUCAAAGCCACUUCCCAUUUUCAUUUUACAAAUGAUCAGUCUCAUUACGCCACCUAACCUAACAGAAUAUUUCAACAAGCUUAACUCUGUUCUCGAAAUUUACACAACACAAACUUAGCUCAAAUACAUACAAAAAUAAAAUUUAACAAAAAAGAAUAUUUUCCUCACAAGCUUUGGUGUUUCUUUCGCAUCUUUUUCAAGCAAAGUUAUGGUAAGAUUUGAAGUAAAAAUAAAAAUUAAAAUAAAAAAUUAAAUUAAAAAAAACGAAAUUAUAUGUAAAUCAUGAAUUCCAUUCCAUUUAUAUGCAACGAAUCUAUCAAUUAACUCAAUUAGAUUGAUUCUCAUUAGAAAAACAAAAAAAAAAGCAUAUUUACAUAAAAAUUAAUAAUGCGCUAUCAAUGUGUUUUAUAAGUAGCCUCAUAUUACAAAAAUAUUAAAUACUCUUGUAUUCAAAAAUAAACUUGCACACACAAAAAUACAUAAAAUAAAUAAACAAAAUCUAUUUUGCUAGGCUUUUAAAUAAAAAAAAAGUGCAAUAUAUGUGACUAUAAGUAGAUGAUAUUGUUUAAAAUAAUAAAUUAGCACUUAAAAAUUAAAAAUAGAAACACAUAUUCACAUUCCAUUUUAAAUUGUAGUAAAUUAGAAAAACAAAUUUGCAAAAAUGUUUUGAUAUUUUUCUUCUUGUUUAAAAUAUCAUAAGUGGCUAAGACACAUAGCUUCAAUGUCUUAAGUAAAUAGACAAAAAUCUUAGAAUAAAAAUGUUUUAAAGAUUAAGCUAGCUCAGUCAUUCUUUAAGUAGCUUAAGUUGAGUUUUCUAAAAUUUGAAAAUUUUAAAUAAGUUUUUACUCGCUUUUCUUUGGUCAUUUAAUUGAUAAGAGUAGAUAAUAUUAGAAUAUAGGACUUUUAUUUAAAUUGUAUGUUUAUGUUGAAUUUUUUAAAAGGGAUAUAAUUUUAGA